ACACCCACAGUGUUUAUAUAAUCCACACUGGAUUAUAUAAUCACUGUGAGUGUUAAUUUGACCUUUUUUAACACGGGUGAUUUUGCUGUGUGCAAGAUGUGAAUGAGCUUUGUUCAUUUAGAAAGACUGGUUAAUACGCCCUUUUCACAAUGACGUCACUUAACUUCCGCCUUUUUGCAAAGCAGUGUAUCAUAACAUCCGUCUUGAAACAAACAAGAAGAAGAAGAAGAAGAAAAAGAAGAAGAACUUCCAUUUUGCCGUCGCGCUGGAAUUUAACAACAGUGAGAAAAAAACUGACAGAACACUUAUUCAAGUACUUAUCCUAGCACCUUCGCUAAUACAAAAAGAAAACAAAACACUUACCUUCAUAAUCAAACAGGUACUGUUCAACGAAGAAUUUGUAUCCUUUCUCUAGCUUUGAUCUUGUCGUUAGCGAAAAUUUGUCUGCAAGACGUUGUACAUCAUCUAGACGUAUUUGUGGCAGAUGUCCAAGCCACUUGGUAAACUCCGUUCUGAGGCGCUAGCGGAAGUAACUUCUUCUUCUUGAGUUUUACUGGCGGUUGGCAAAUCAGCUUAUAGGUGCAUUACCGCCACCUUAUGAACUGGAGUGCUAGCGGAAGUAAUGAUACACUGCUUCACGGCAGAACGGAAGAUGCGUGACGUCAUGUGAAAAGGGCGUAUUCAGUUGGCUAUUGUGGGCUGAAAAGUUGAUAAAAAAUGAUAAAAUUGCUUUAUUUGAUGAUAAUAAAAAAAUUAUGUUUGGUUGAAUAAAAGUAAUGUUUUAUAUAACUUAAUAAUUGUCAUUUUUAUCUAAUUUUAUUAGAAUUUUUAAUAUGUCACUCUGGUUAAGCCACGUAAAGGUACGGUAGGCCUAUGUAUGUGUACAAGAUCAGGAUGGCACCACCUCCGCCUCAUUUUGAGCCAGGAAAAACCCUGGUAAUUGAAUUUUGAAUAAAAUUGGAUAAAAAUAGAAAAUUAGAAAAAAGAAAAGUAGAAAAAGCAUAAAUGCCAAUGUGAGAUUUGAACCUAGGGCAUUCCAUUUCAGAAAGUGACAAACAUAUGCCUAACCUGGCCACUUUAGGUUUGAUGCACAAAAUCGUUCCUUUCGUGCACCCUUUUGAGCUGUCCAAUAUUUGAGCAGGUUUGUGUGUUAACGUGGGUAAAUUUACAUAUUUUUACUUUAUAAAUACUUAUUAGGGCUGGUUAAUUUAUUAUAAUUUGUGUGCAUAUUUUAUGCAGGCACAAGCUGCAAGGCUUAUUUUACUCUGUAUCUGACCUAUAGAUGGCUUGUUCACCCCAAUGAAAGGUCCACGUUAUUGAGGACAAUGAGUUCAUAAUCCUCCUGCUUUCUUUCCCCAUGCUCAAGCACGACACAGACUUCUCAGAUUUGCUGUGGCUCAACUCGGCCACUAGGACUCACCUCCAAGCAGUCACUAGCGAAUGGCUAUCUCUCACACUGGGUGUCUCCACCUCAUACCCAUUGUCUGCCCGCAGCAGUCCAGUUCCUCCCACCCCUCCUCCUUUACCCAUCAGCCUACAUUGCACAAGCCCUCAACCCCCUGCCCUACCUGUGAGGAAGUUCACUCCAUCACCACAAAACCCCUCCUCAAAAUAUUCCCCUGUACAGAGCCAAAGACCAAUCACAGAGUCCUCAGAAAUGUAUCUAUAUUCCAAUGAACACUACAGGCAUAGCCUUACAGCUCGAGAUAUAACUGAAGCUUUUGGUUCACCUCAGAAACUGAUCUCAAAUCAUAAUCAGGAGCGAAAGAUGCCUCGUGGUAAAAAUCUGUUAGGUGAUUUGUGUGCAAAGGAGACAUUUUUUAGACACUAUGACCCAUCGAGCGAGCCUGAUCCAUAUGACCAGCUUAAGUUUCUUACAUGUCAGCUUCACAAUGAGCUUGAAGUCAGAUUCGCCAACCAAUCAACAAAUAAAGGCAAACAAGAGGUAUUACUGGAUUGGCCGGUAUGCGAUGAGGCUCCGUCUGUGCGUCCCAACCAAGAAUAUGAAAAUAAAGAUCAUGAGAUCUACAAGAAAAAAGCUGAGGAGCAGUGUUCAGUCAUUUUGAGUGAGAUGUCAACCUUUCAUGGUCCAGUAGCUGAGAUAGAUUGGGAGAGACUUCCCGAGUUGUACAUACGGGAAGAAGAUGAUGAAAUAAUCCACAGAUCAGAGGCUGGCUCCUCAUAUGUUGCACAGCACAGUUGCUUCACCUCCUCCAAUUCCCCCACUCAUAAUUCCUCUCUUACUCUUUCCACUAGUUUUUCUCAACACAUUGAAUCAUCCAUCUCUACUCUUCACUCCUCAUCUCUGCCUGCUGUAAAAGCCAUUCUAUGUGCAUCACCCCCUUCAUCUCCUCUUGCUACAUCUCUUUCUUUGGUACCCAUUGCUUCCUCCACCCUUCCAUCCUCCUCUUUACCCUCCCCUUCAGACUCUCCUCUGCCUCUUUUAUCUCAUUCCUCUCCCCCUACUUCACCUCCUCUGUCUCCUUUAAACUCUCCAUCCCCACAUCCUUCUUCACCUCCUGCAUUAACCCUUAACAUGUCUUAUUCUCCACCUUCCUCUCCACCCCUCCUUCUUUCUUCUGUCCAUCCUCAACCUUGCUCACCUCAAAUCCCCACCUCCAGCUCUGCUCUUCCCCAUAUCUCUCCAAGUCCUCCGUCUCCUCCUUUAUCUCCAAUUCCUUCGUCUCAUCCUCCUCUUUAUUCUUCCUGCCAGCCUCUCCUACCAACCAUCCCCGCUUCCCCACCCUCUUCUCCCUCUCCUCCUCCAUCCUUACCCCAAUCUUCCUCAGAUCACACUCAAUCCUCUGAGAUUCUACCACCUCCUUCAUCGGCUCCACAUUGUGUUGCUUCUUCUCCUCACUCCUCUGCACAGUCCUCUUUUCUUCCUCUCUCCCCUCGUUCACAGCCUCGCUCUCCUAAGAUCAAGACGGUUUAUAACCAAGAUGUGGUGGUUGAUGGUAAGCCGCCACGUAGCCCCAUUUCCACCAGGAGGCGCUGUUUAUCUCCCAGUUUAUCACCCAGUAGAGCACGGCGGGUAGGAUGGAGUGUGCUGUGACACUAGCAGCAGUGCAGGCUGGGAAAUUGAGUUCAUUCUAAUCCUUCAUACUGUAGUUCUCUGGUGCCCGCAUCAUGGAUGGAUUUCCUCUAACACUUCGGGUCUUCUAAAAGCUCCGUGAUGACAAACACUCACAGAAUGACGUCCUGUUGGAUUUGGUGUGAUAUACUGACCCACCAAAGCAUUAUGUGUACAAUGUACUGAUUCUUCCUCUCUCUUCUUUUCUCUUGCUCUCUCUCUAUAACCCUAGA